UACAGCCCCCCCUAUCGCGAAGCAGGCUAAUGUUUUUGGUUAGCGGACGAGGCCUCUAGUCUGCAGAGUCGACAGGGUCUAUAGAUGCAUAUGAGCACGAUGGAUCCCCCCUUUAUUCCGUGAUGAACGUCCCGUCCUUCUCUUCGUGGUCGUCAUUUGCUGUUAGUCCACUUUUGCGUCGAGUUUCCUCUACACGGUACAUUAUUCCUCGGAGCUUCUUCGUCCGUCAUGGAGCAACCGCCUUCGAAGUAUUCCAACCAGCGAGCUCCUGGUAAGGAGCACAUUCCUCUCUAUCCCAAAGGCUUUGUCGCCGUCCGGAUAAUCCAGCUAAUUCUCAGCAUCGUCUGCUUGGGGUUAUGUGCCUUUGGCAUUGCUUACCUAGUCUUUGCGGGAGAUGCCUUGAUGUUAUUUACCGCGAUUGCGACUAUCAUAACUAGCAUAUAUUGCCUAGUUGCGAAUUUUGGCCCUCCGAAGGCCUUUAACUACUGGGCUAUACUCGGCUUAGAUAUCUUCCUCGUCAUCUUUUGGCUGAUCUCGUUUGCCCUCCUCGCUGCUCAGGUUGCGGCGGCAUUCGUGUACUACGACGACUACAGCGACUACUACGAUGACUACUAUGACUUGAGUAGUUACGACACGGCGAUUAAGACCUACAUCGGCUGCUUGGCUGGUGCUGCGGGCCUAGGUGGCGUCGAGUUCCUCCUCUACGUCAUCUCGCUCUCCGUACACGGCGUUAUGCUACACCGCCACCGCAAGGCCGGGCUUAGGGCUAUGCCUUCGAACGUAGCGUCCGGCGGUGUUCCGGGUGCGGCUGUAGUGCCUACCGACGGCGAGAAGUUCCAGAUGCAGCCUCAGGCCAAUCAGGUCUACCCUCAGCAGACUGUGCCUGCAGCAGGGCACCUUCCUCCCCAGCAAGUCAUCUACCCGCAGAACUCGCCCUCUCCUCUGUCGGCUCAACCCACCGGGAACUCUUACGUCCAGCCCCAGCAGAUCGUGAACCCUGGCCAGCCCAUCUACGAAGUUCCCGGCCAACCUCAGCAAUAUCACCCAGCCUAAAAAAAGAAAAAAAGAAGGGAUAAAGGAGUAAGGGACCCGCGGCACCUCCUAGUAUACAAUUGGCUUUAAGCGGAUUUGUGUUUGGUAACUAACGUUGUAGAUAGAUAGAGACCUACCUUUCAUGUUUACCUAGCAGAC